AUGGUGGUGCUGGGCAAUAGCCGCCAGCCAGGGGAGCGGUGGCCACAGCAGCGAGUGACAGCCAGUGCACAUGGCUGGGGACACCGGGAUGGCCGGGAAGCCCAGACCCUCGGCCUCGCUGGUGCCCAGACCACCCAGCUCCUGGUGGAGCCCUCCUGGAGGCCGGCGGUGCUGUGGGACCGGGUGACACUGACCUGCCAGGGCUCGGGGACCGCCGGUGCCACCACCUGGUACAAGGAUGGGCAGCGCUGGGGGCAGGAGAGAGGCAACAACUUCACUGUCACUGAGAGUGGCACCUACACAUGUGACAGACCCGGCAGUGGGCUCAGCCACCCUGUGAAUGUCUCAAAUGACCAGGUGGUGCUGCAGGUGCCAGUGCGGGCACUGCUGGAGGGAGAAACGCUGACACUGCGCUGCCGGUACAGGCGAGAAAUAUCAGUUGAUUCGGUGUUCUUCUACCACGGGGACACGGAACUGGGGAGGCUCCACAACAGGACGGAGCUGUCCCUGUCCCCUCUUCAGCUGAACCACAGUGGCCGCUAUUGCUGCAAGGCCUGGGUGAAGAACAGGGUAUCAUGGGGAUGGGAGGAAUCAAUGCCGGUGAUAGUGACAGUGCAUGAGCUUGUCUGGGUGCUGGUGCUGGAGGCUCCCCCUGAACCCACCCAGGGGUCUCCCCUGACUCUCAGCUGCCUCAGCAGCCCGAGCCUCCUGCGGCCCCAAGCCCCCCUCCUGCACGUGUUCUACCGGGACAGGCAGGUGGUGGGGGGCCCGCAGGGGUCCCUGCAGCUGCUGGUGCCCACCAUGGAGGUCUCCCAUUCGGGGAAUUACAGCUGCCAGGUGCACUCUGAGGUGGGGGCCAUGCGGAAGAGCAGCGCCUGGCUCCGCGUCACGGUGCACACGCCUGUGGCCAAUGCCACCAUCACCCUCAUUCCCCUGUCACACCAGGUGCACCCAGGUGACUCCAUGACCCUGCACUGCUUGGUGCAGGUGGGCUCUGCCCCUGUCACCUUCACCUGGCUGCACAACGGGCAGGAGGUGGCCCGGGGUCCCCUCCUGCAACUCGGGGCCUUAGAUGAAGGACAUUCAGGCACCUACCAGUGUGUGGCCACCAACCAGCUGGAUGGGCACCAGGCACUCAGCCCUGAGCUGGCCCUGGAGGUGACACCGUGGAGACACAGGGAUACAGUGGCCGCAGGGGUCGGUUGGACCCUUUUCUUCCUGCUCCUGCUCGUGGGUGUCAUUGUGGCCUGGCACCGCUGGCACCGUGUGGCUGCCAGGAAGCACCAGGAAAGGGCUCCCCCGCGUCACUACCCCUCAGGCACCUCAGGUGACCUACGCGGAGCUGUGGGGACCCCACGGGAGACCACAGGAGUCCAGUGA